CUUCCAAUUGGCAAUUGCCCAUUUGUUGGGAAUCGAAGUUUCAAUGUCCAUUGAUUGCGAUGGCCACCCAAUUGCCCAUCCAGUGCAAACAUGUUGCAAUUCGAAGAAAAAAGACUUGCUUUUCUUUCAUACGGGGGCUUAGAAAAUCCAAAUAGGCGACUGGAAAAGCAAUCCAAUGGAAUAGUCAUUCUGCCAAAAUUCAACCCUGCCAAGAUAGAGAGAGAGAGCUUUACAGACAGCACAACUGCAGAUUGAGUUCUUUGACUGAUGAUCUCCAGGUGAAGUCCAGGCAAUUACCCACUUGAUUAGGUAUUUUCUUUAGAUCUUCUCAAUAGAUUAGCUAUUACUGAGUUGUAUUUGGACGUGCUGAUUAUUGGGUAAUCACUUCUAUUGCCUUCAACCAUAAUCGUUGAAUUAUUCGCACACUGCCCUUGUGGGUCAAACUUGAACAAUCUUUCUCCCUUUUUGUGUUCAUGGGUGAAGAGGGAUUGGUAAAUGAUGUCAAGAACAAAGCAACAAAGUCAAACCCAAAACUCAAACUACUGCCUCUGAUUGCCUUGAUCUUUUAUGAUGUGUCUGGUGGCCCAUUUGGUGUGGAAGAUUCAGUCAGGGCUGGAGGUGGCCCACUCCUGUCCUUGCUUGGUUUCUUGAUAUUCCCCUUGUUUUGGAGCGUCCCAGAAGCUCUGGUGACUGCUGAGCUUGCCACAAGCUUCCCUGAAAAUGGUGGUUAUGUUGUUUGGAUAUCAGCUGCUUUUGGGCCUUUCUGGGGAUUCCAAGAAGGCUUCUGGAAAUGGUUUAGUGGGGUUAUGGACAAUGCCCUUUACCCCGUACUGUUUCUGGACUACUUGAAGCAUUCCCUUCCGAUCUUUAAUCAUUUGGUGGCUCGAAUUCCAGCUCUUUUAGGAAUCACUGUUUCUUUGACUUACUUGAAUUACCGAGGCCUGCACAUUGUUGGGUUUUCGGCAGUUUUGCUUGCUAUUUUCUCCCUUUCUCCCUUUCUUGUUAUGGGUAUUCUUUCAAUUCCUCGAAUUAGGCCUAGACGAUGGCUGGUUGUAGAUUUUAAGAAUGUGGAUUGGAGAGGAUACUUUAAUAGCAUGUUUUGGAACUUGAAUUAUUGGGAUAAAGCAAGCACAGUUGCUGGGGAGGUUGAAGAUCCAGGCCAGACAUUUCCAAAGGCUCUCCUUGGGGCUGUUGUAUUGGUGGUUUCUUCGUAUUUGAUUCCUCUUCUUGCGGGUACUGGAGCUUUAAGCUUUAAUCCUAGUGGGUGGAGUGAUGGCUAUUUCGCGGAAGUUGGGAUGCUGAUUGGAGGGUCUUGGCUCAAAUGGUGGAUCCAAGCAGCAGCGGCAAUGUCUAAUCUGGGGUUGUUUGAAGCGGAAAUGAGCAGUGAUGCCUUCCAACUCCUGGGGAUGAGUGAGAUUGGAAUGCUCCCUGCUAUAUUUGCUUCAAGGUCAAAGUAUGGGACUCCGACCCUAAGCAUAUUGUGCUCUGCAACCGGCGUGAUCUUCUUAUCUUGGAUGAGUUUCCAAGAAAUCUUGGAAUUUCUUAACUUCCUCUACGCCCUUGGAAUGCUUCUUGAGUUUGCGGCAUUCAUAAAGUUGAGGAUAAAGAAGCCGGAUCUUUCUAGACCAUACAGAGUUCCGUUACAAACCUUUGGUGCCACAAUGCUUUGCGUGCCUCCUGCAAUAUUGCUCCUUCUUGUGAUGUGUUUGGCAUCUCUUAAGACAUAUUUAGUAAGUGGCGCAGUUGUUAUUAUUGGGAUGUUUUUGUACCCUGCUCUAAAUCAUGUGAAGGAUAGGAAAUGGAUCGAAUUCAGUACAGUGCAACCUGCACAUCCCGUUAAUGAUGAUAUAGAAGAACACUCAACCAUCUUAGAACAGCACCAAGUAGUCAAAGAUGAAGCUUCAGUUAGCCUUCUUUCAGCGUUACCAUCUUCGAACACAGAAGAAGCCUCCGAAAUCUCACCCGAAGGAGUUCAGAAAUUGGAUUAGAGCUACUCAUUACACUUUACCAUAGUUACAUGUAAUUUUGAAGAUAUUUACAUCAGAAUUUGUACACUGCAGUUUGGAGUCUAAUGUUCUCAUUUAUGUGCAACACUAUGUAUUGAAGUCAGAAUUCUACUCCCAAACUGUACAUAAGCUACAACUGUGGAUUACAAUAAUGUUCAGUGACAUUGAUA